CCCCUGGCCGCUCCUUCCCGUCGCGCCGUCGCGCCGCGCGGCGGAAGUGACGCAACGUCCUCCGGUCGCCGCCGUUCAGCCGGGAGCGGCGCGGCGGCCAUGGGCAGGAAGGAGCGGGACAAGAAGAAGUCCAAGAAGCGGCACUACGAGGACGAGGACGAGGAGGAGGAUGACGCUCCCGGGAAGGACUCGCAGGAGGCCGUGCCCUCGGCGGCGGGGAAGCAGGUGGAGGACAGCGGCGCCAAGCUGGACGAGUACGGCGCCAAGGACUACCGGCUGCAGAUGCCGCUGAAGGCCGACAACGCCUCGCGGCCGCUCUGGGUGGCUCCUGAUGGCCAUAUUUUCCUGGAAGCGUUUUCUCCUGUUUACAAAUAUGCACAGGAUUUUUUGGUUGCCAUUGCUGAACCUGUGUGCAGACCGACCCACAUCCACGAGUACAAACUGACUGCUUACUCCCUGUAUGCCGCUGUCAGCGUCGGCCUGCAGACCAGUGAUAUCACAGAGUACCUGCAGAAACUGAGCAAGACCGGUGUGCCAGAGGGAAUCAUUCAGUUCAUCAAGCUGUGUACCGUCAGCUAUGGGAAGGUGAAGCUGGUGCUGAAACGCAACAGGUAUUUUGUGGAAAGCACCCAUCCUGAUGUCAUUCAGCAACUCCUGCAAGACCACGUUAUUAAAGACUGUCGCCUGAGAAAUGCUGAAGGUGAAGAAACAGAGCUCAUUACAGAGACAUUCACAAGUAAAUCAGCGAUUUCCAAGUCCAGUGAGAGCAGCUUUGGUCCAUCGACAUCACAAGAAGCAGAUGUUCAAAACAAGCCGGAUGUCCCAGCUGACUUAUAUGAGUUUUAUGAGCAGAUGGACAAAGAUGAGGAGGAGGAGGAAGAAACACAGACAGUAUCUUUUGAAGUCAAGCAGGAGAUGAUUGAAGAACUCCAGAAGCGUUGUAUCCAGCUGGACUACCCAUUGCUGGCAGAAUAUGAUUUCAGAAAUGAUUCUGUGAAUCCUGAUAUUAAUAUAGAUCUGAAACCUACAGCUGUCCUCAGACCCUAUCAAGAGAAAAGCCUGAGGAAGAUGUUUGGAAAUGGGCGAGCCAGAUCUGGUGUUAUUGUCUUGCCGUGUGGUGCUGGCAAGUCUCUAGUUGGAGUGACAGCUGCGUGUACCGUGCGCAAGAGGUGCCUGGUCCUGGGUAAUUCUGCAGUGUCUGUGGAGCAGUGGAAAGCGCAGUUCAAGAUGUGGUCCACCAUCGACGACAGUCAGAUCUGUCGCUUCACCUCUGAUGCCAAAGAUAAGCCCAUUGAUUGCUCUAUUGCUAUCAGCACGUAUUCCAUGUUGGGACACACGACCAAGAGAUCCUGGGAAGCAGAAAGAGUGAUGGAGUGGCUUAAAAGUCGAGAAUGGGGCCUUAUGAUACUCGAUGAAGUACAUACUAUCCCUGCAAAAAUGUUCAGACGUGUGCUCACUAUCGUACAAGCUCAUUGUAAACUGGGACUGACUGCUACCCUGGUCAGAGAAGAUGAUAAAAUUGUUGAUCUUAACUUCCUGAUUGGACCAAAGCUUUAUGAGGCCAACUGGAUGGAGCUGCAGAACAGUGGCUACAUUGCUAAAGUCCAGUGUGCUGAGGUUUGGUGCCCAAUGUCACCUGAAUUUUAUAGAGAAUACGUAGCAAUCAAAACAAAGAAACGGAUACUGCUGUACACCAUGAACCCAAAUAAGUUCAGAGCUUGCCAGUUCCUGAUUAAGUUUCAUGAGCGGCGGAAUGAUAAAAUCAUUGUUUUUGCUGACAACGUGUUUGCACUGAAGGAGUACGCAAUCAGACUUGGGAAACCGUACAUAUAUGGUCCCACUGCACAAGGAGAAAGAAUGCAAAUUCUACAAAACUUCAAGCACAAUCCAAAAAUCAACACUAUUUUCAUUUCAAAGGUGGGUGACACGUCCUUUGAUCUGCCUGAAGCCAAUGUUCUGAUUCAGAUUUCAUCCCACGGUGGAUCUCGAAGACAGGAGGCUCAAAGGCUGGGGCGAGUACUGAGAGCCAAAAAAGGCAUGGUUGCAGAGGAAUACAAUGCCUUUUUUUAUUCUCUUGUAUCCCAAGACACUCAGGAAAUGGCAUAUUCAACCAAGCGACAACGGUUUCUUGUAGAUCAAGGCUAUAGCUUCAAGAUGGCAGCAGAGGGGCCGUCUGACAAAAUAGUGCCUGCCAUGGAAGUGCAUAUGAAGCAAAGCUGCUGCAUAUGGGAAGCAGGAAAAUUUCCAUGCAGGAAAAAAUGGCACCCAUGGACUUCAUUGAGGCUUGCUGAACACUUAUGGAGACUAAACAGUGGAUGUGAGCACAGUGAGGUGGUGCAUUUCAGCAGUGGUGACAGUGAUGUGAAAGACAAAUGAUGUUGCAGAUGGCCGUGCACAGCACUCACACCUCAGAUUGCACAGGGUGAAAGCAAGCAGCCUCAACUGGACUGCACUUGAACCCAGCUGUUGACACACAUGCAUUUUGGGACAUCUGUGUGGGUAAAACCUGUAUGAACUGCAGGUACUCUGAAUUAAACUGCUUUGUUAUCAUUGGCCCUGUUAAAGAGGAGGUCUUUCCAUCAAAGCAGACAUGCCAUGGGCUUUAAAUGUAAAAACCUUGCUUUGCUUUGUAGUGAGUGUAUCUUCACAAAAUUGUCAGUCAGUCACCUGCAGGUAAUUACAACAGAUGAGUCUCUGUGACUAUAGCCAAGAAGAUUAAAGAAAUCCCUUUAUUUGCUUUUAUUUGAAUAUAAAUCUUGGGUUAUAGAGCUCAGUAAGGGGUUAAAAUAGAGGAAGAUGUUGUCCUAGGAGUUCGGACUUCAUGGGCACAAAAGUGCAAAUGGCAGCUGAAUUUCUGGAGCAGAAUUUUAGCUGACCAGUACUGGAAUGUUCUUUAUUUGAAGAUUAGUAGUGAAAUGUUAGAAUACCUGUUUUCUUCUGUUUGCUGAACUUCAAGCUUUAGACAUAGCUGGCGUUGAGCAACAGUAGGGUUGGAAGAAACUUGAAGAAACCAUCUAAUGUUUCUUCAUUACAAGCCAGAAUCAGCUGUGUAUGUCAUUCCCAGCUGACGUUUGCCUUCAUGACUAUUUCAUCUUUAGGCAAUUAUUUCAGUGCUGGUGUCUUUUCUUUUGGAAUUUUUAUUCCUGAUACCUAACAUUACUAAAAAUUAGGUACUCUCUUAAAAGGGUAACAGUAUGCAUUUUUUUUUUCUAGGACUUUCUUCUUUUCAUCUAUCAGUAGCUCAUUUCUCUGCCUUCCAGCAGAAAGGGGAUUAUUCUAAUUGCUGAAUCACACCUUUCUUUGCUUCUUUUAUACAGCCUUGCCAUCGCUAUUUGCUGCUUGGGGUCUAAAUUAUUUAGGAGUAGUUUGGUUAGCUACCUGAAGGUUAGUUACCAUACUGUAUAUUUUUUUUGAGGUUGAAUGCUGGGUAAAUUGAUGCUUAAAUCAACAGCAGAAGAACUUAAUGUAUCAAAUAAUCUAAGUACUUUAAACUUGGCGUCUGUUCAACAUCUUAAAAAUAUUGUGAUGCAGUGGAAAUUAUUUCUAUUUCAUGAAAUAUGCUAGCACUGUUUUGCAACAAUUGUAAACAUGCUAAUGCAGUUCUUCCUGUGGUUCCAUUUUGUUGUUUAUGAAGUGCGCGUGCUACGAUCACCUCAAAAACAGAGGUUUUUAACAAGAGGAAUCGUAGAGUUCAUUUGUUUGUAUAAUAGGACAGGUUGCUUCCCUGAAUAGAUUCUUAGAACUACACAUUUCUCAGAGAAAUGCAUUUUUCAACUUAGAAAUUGCCACUGACAGCAAUGACACUGCUGACAUUUUGUUGCAGGUUGUUGUGCAGUCUCUCAGCUAAUUGUGAGUGUUCCUAAAUGUGAAUGUUAAAAUUCUUGGCAUCAGGAAAGCUAACUGAUUAUUGUUCUGAAAUACGAAGUCCUUUAGUGUAAAGUAUAUUCAUGCAAUAUAAAGCACUACUUCUUAAACUGGACAAAACCUGAAGCUACAGCAUGAAGUCAGCCUUCCAAUAAGGUUCCUGGUCAAGCUGGCACGGAAUUUGGUAUACAUUCUCUAUCUAGAGCUAAUGCAUUUCCAGCCUGAAUAUUGCAGGAGAUUGUGAGGUGGGGGAUAACUUGCACACGCACCAUAACUGGUAACAGUUCAAAAACCCCUGCCUUGUAUUGUGCUCUG